CCUACCUGCGCCCUCUUCUCCCCGGGGACCGCACACCGCUAGCCGGCCACAGUCAAGUGCUGACCCUCCGCCGACCUGAGCUGUCCAGCGACGCCGAGGCUCGGCCCCCGAGUGCCCAACGUGGACGCGUGUGCGUGAACCGAGGAGGAAGGCAACUAACCGGCUGACAGCGUGUACUGUAUGAGGACCAACAUGGCUGUCUUCAUGAUGCUCCUCAUGCUGGCAUUGAAGGUGACCGGACAGGACCAGCCUUCAGGCCCUCACGGCUGCACAGAUGGGAGCUGUUACCCUGCCACAGGAAACCUCUUGAUUGGACGGGCCGUGAACCUGAGCGCCACCUCCACUUGCGGUCUGGACGGUCCCGAGCACUACUGCAUCGUCAGCCAUCUUCAGGAGUCAGACAAAUGUUUUGAGUGCAACUCUCAACACGCGUACGACCCUCAUCGACACAGGAACAGCCAUCGCAUCGACAACGUGAUCUACCUCAUGGAACGUAACGGAGACAACACCUGGUGGCAGUCUGCUAACGGAGAGGAAAAUGUCAGCAUUCGACUGAACCUGGAGGCUGAAUUCCACUUCACACAUCUCAUCAUGAAGUUCAAGACAUUCCGCCCAGCAGCAAUGAUCAUCGAGCGCUCGGCUGACUUCGGACGUUCGUGGCGUCCUUACCGCUACUUUGCCUCGAACUGCACCAAGACCUUCCCGGGCGUCACCGCCAACAGCCUGCGCCACAUCAACGACAUCAUCUGUGAGGAGCGCUACUCUGACAUUGAGCCCUCCACCAAUGGGGAGGUGAUCUAUAAAGUGCUGGAUCCUGCCAUUCACGUGAAAGACCCUUACAGCUUGGACAUACAAGAACUUCUGCGAAUCACCAACCUGCGCAUCAACUUCACCAAGCUGAACACUCUGGGAGACGACCUCCUGGACAGACGCUCUGACGUGCUGCAGAAGUACUACUACGCCAUCUACGAGCUGGUGGUCCGAGGGAGCUGCUUCUGCUACGGACACGCCUCCGAGUGCGCCCCCGUACCCGGAGUCCACGCGCGAGAGAACGGCAUGAUCCACGGCCGUUGUGUUUGCAAACACAACACAGAGGGCCUGAAUUGCGAGCGUUGCCAACAUUUCCACAACGACCUGCCAUGGAGACCGGCUGAGGCAGGAAACCCGCACACCUGCAGAGAGUGUAAUUGCAACGGCCACUCCAGCCAGUGUCACUUUGACAUAGCCGUGUAUUUGGCCACGGCCAACGUGAGCGGAGGAGUGUGUGACGACUGCCAGCACAACACUAUGGGACGCAACUGUGAGACCUGCAAGCCUUUCUUCUAUCAAGACCCCAGCAGGGACAUCAGAGAUCCGCAGGUUUGUGUUGUCUGCGACUGCGACCCGGUGGGUUCUUUGGAGGGAGGGGUGUGUGACGGCCACACGGAUCCAGACAUGGGCAUGAUCUCUGGACAGUGUCGCUGCAAAGCCAACGUCAAAGGCUUGCGCUGCGACGACUGCAAGGAAGGUUACUACGGACUCAGCCACAACGACCCACUGGGUUGUCAGCCUUGCAACUGUGACCCUCGUGGCAUCAUCACGAUGGGAGCGCCAUGCGAUCAGAUCAGCGGUGACUGCUCCUGUAAAAGAUACGUCACAGGCCGUUACUGCGACCAGUGUCUGCCUGAAUUCUGGGGCCUGAGCAACAACCUGGGUGGCUGUAGAACAUGUGACUGUGACAUCGGUGGAGCGGUCAAUAACAAAUGUAUGAUGGACAACGGACAGUGUGAGUGCAGAAGGCAUCUGAUUGGUCGACAAUGCUCUGAUGUGCAGUCCGGUUAUUUCUGCGCUCCGCUGGACUUCUACAAAUACGAGGCCGAAGGCGCCACUGGACACUCGCCCGCUGAUGCUUCACUCCCGGGUAAAGUCCGUCCUCAGGCAGAGACGGACUGCGUCCAACAUCUCAGCAACCAGCUGAGACGACACAAGCGUCACCGCCGCAUCAACAACCCCCAGCAGCACCGAGCGGCACUGAGGCGAAUACGUCAGCUUCAGCAGACGCCGGACGUGAGAACCGUUCACCGGGAGAUCACCCUGAGUCACACAGUCACCUGGACCGGUCCUGGUUUUGCUCGAGUGAAGGACAGCGCUGGUCUGGUGUUCACCAUUGACAACAUCCCCUACGCUAUGGAAUACGACAUCUUGAUCCGCUAUGAACCUGAGUCGACAGAGGACUGGGAGGCCAUCGUUAGCAUAACGUCUGUCAACCUUCCUUCCAGUCUGCGCUGUGGAAACCUUCUUCCGACUGAGCAGCUCUACACCGUCACCUUGCCGCACAGCAACAGAUACAUCCAGAUGCCCAGGCCGUUCUGUUUCGAGCCAAGUAAUCGCUACGUGGUCGCCAUCCGCUUCCAGCGACACGGAGUGACACACAGACACCUCACUGCCUUCAUUCUCAUCGACUCUUUGGUCCUCAUCCCCAAAUACACGGAACUUCCUGGUUUCCACGGCAAUGAGAUCGCGGCCGAGGUGCGACGGGAGGAGAUGAUCCGCUACAUGUGUCUGGACUCCUUCAUGAUCACGCCCAUGCCCGCCCUGGCCGAAAUGUGCUCCAAGCUCAUCUGCAGCAUCUCAGCCAUCGUUCAUGACGGCGCCCUGCCCUGCCAGUGUGAUCCUCAAGGCUCGCUCUCGGGCGAAUGCGAUCGGGUGGGAGGGCGGUGCCACUGUAAGGCCAACGUGAUUGGUCGACAGUGUGACCAGUGUGCUCCUGGGACCUACGGCUUUGGAGUCAAUGGUUGUACUGCCUGUGACUGUCAUCCGGAAGGUUCCUUGAGCCACCAGUGCGACCCGGUGAGCGGCCAGUGCCAGUGCCGGCAGGGAGCCAGGGGGCGCCAGUGCUCCGAUUGCCAACCGGGCCAAUGGGGCUUCCCCAGCUGCAGCCCCUGCCAGUGUAACGGCCACUCGGACGACUGUGACACACAAACGGGCGAAUGCCGACAAUGCCGGGACUACACGACCGGACACCUUUGUGAACGGUGUCAAAAUGGCUUCUUUGGGAACCCGGCGCUUGGCUCAGGGGACCACUGUCGCCCCUGCCCCUGCCCCGGUAAUCCUGGAUCGGAUCACUUCAACGGCGACUCCUGCCAAGCGGACAUCUCUUCCAACCUCAUUAUGUGCAAUUGCAGAGCAGGUUAUGCUGGACCCCGCUGCGACCAGUGCUCCCCCGGUUUCUACGGCAACCCGGCGCAAUCAGGCGGCCAGUGCCUCCCGUGCGAGUGCAGCGGCAACAUCGACACUCAGGACCCCGGGUCAUGUGACCCCAGGACAGGGCAGUGCCUAAAGUGCCUGUCCCACACCGACGGGCCAUCUUGUGCCCAGUGUCAGCACGGUUACUACGGCAACGCUUUGGCCCACGAUUGUAGACGCUGUACCUGCGUGACCGCCGGCACCAUCCAGUCGGCUUGUAUUGACGGAGAGUGCGACUGCGACCGCCAGACCGGCGCUUGCCAAUGCAGGGAGAAUGUGUCCGGCCAUAACUGCGACGAGUGCGCUCCAAAUCACUGGAACUACGGCCACAACCAAGGCUGCGAGCCCUGCGACUGCGACUCACAACACUCCAUGGGGCAGCACUGCAAUAUGUUCACUGGGCAGUGCCACUGCCGGCCAGGCUUCGGCGGGAAGGAGUGCACCGAGUGUGAGCAGCUUCACUGGGGAGACCCACAACUGCAGUGUCAAGAGUGCAACUGCCAUCCUCAGGGCUCGGAAGUAGCACAGUGUGAUCGCACCACCGGGGCGUGCCGUUGCAAGGAUGGGGCGGCGGGGAAACUCUGCGACGAGUGCGCCCGCGGCUUCACCGGCGCCUUCCCCGAGUGCGUGCGGUGCCACGCCUGCUUCCAGCUGUGGGACGACGUAGUGUGCCAGAUCAAACGCGACCUGGAGCACAUCCAAAUCACCGCCAACAAGAUCCUGGAGAGCGGCGUCACACCGGGCGUUGGCGACGCUCGCAUCAAGGAGCUGGAGAGGAAGCUGAAGCAGGUGCAGGAUCUGAUUGGCCGACAGGACAGCGAGAGAGUCCACCAGCUGCUUGGACAAAGCAUCGACGACCUCAGGGCAGAGAUAGCGUUGACCGACGGGCGCCUGAUGGGCGUCGCUCGAGAGCUUAACGCCACAGCGGAGGACGAGGGCGCGCUGAGGCGUACGCUGAGCGACCUGGAGAGACAGUUGACCGACAUCAACGCCACGGUGGCUUCCAAGAGGCAGCAUCUGGAAGACUACCUCACCUCAGGGUUUGGAGAUCAAAUGAAAAAAGUAAAAAAGUACUAUCAGGAGUCGUUGGAGGCAGAGCAGAAAUGCAACGCCUCCGUGUCCGGUCCACUCAGUCCAGUUGAACAGUCCAAAGAAAGACGCUCCCUCGCUGAAGACCUGCUGGAUAAAAAUGAAGAGAAUUUCCUUCAAGCUGUGGCAUCUCAGAACAAAUCUUUGGAGGACCUCCUGCAGAAGGCCCUUCACCUCGACCACAAGGUCCACCACCUUAAUCACAAGGUGUGCGGCGGUCACAGCGACGUCGGCGUUAACGGCACCUGCCACGACAGCCCGUGCGGCGGCGGCGGUUGCCGUGACAACGAGGGCAACCGCGUAUGCGGUGGGGACGGCUGCAACGGCACCGUGAGCGCUUCCCUGACCGCCCUGGCUCGCGGCAGGAACGCGAGCGCGGCCCUGGACGCUGCCAACGAGGACCUGCAGAAUGUGGCCAAGAAGCUCCAGGACAUCGCCACUUUGACCCGAGACGUGAAGAAGCAGGCCAUGAACACGUUGGAGAAAGCACAGAGGAACAAAGAGGACUUUGAAAACUCCAACAGGAAGCUCAAAGAGUUCAUCAAGAAGAUCAGAGAUUUCCUCAUGGAGGAAGGCGCCGACCCAGAGAGCAUCGAGAAGGUGGCCCUGCAGGUCUUGUCCAUCACGCUGCCAGUCAACAGGACCGCGGUGGACACCUUGAUCAUGGAGAUACAGGACAGCCUCUCCAACCUCACAGAUAUCGAAGACAUCGUCAAUUACACCUCGCGGCACAUCGAGGAGGCCAAGCAGCUUCUGGAACAAGCCAAAGAAGCCAAGAGCCGAGCAGAAGGAGUGAAGGAUGCAGCCGACUCCACCAAGAUGGCCUUGGAUCGGUCCGAGAAGGCCAUCGAGGAAGCAAAAAGCGCCCUGCAGGAGGCUCUGGACAACCUGAAGGACACCAGGAACGCCACGUCUCAGGUGGACGAGAGGCUGACACGGCUGGAGGACAAGCAGAUGGACGUCAUGAUGCGUCUGAACAACCUCUCCUCGGGCGUGGCGGCGCUGAGUAACAAGACGGAGAUGAACCGGGAGAUGGCAAAGGAAGCCAAAUCCUUGGCCGACAACGCCACGCUUGAAGCGUCGUCCCUGCAGCAGAGCCUCAACGACACGGAGCGGCGCUACCGAGAGCUGCAGGCCAAGGUGGACUCCCUCGACGGCGCCUCCCAAGGCCUGGACAGCAUCAACAAGAAGGCGGAGGACAUGAAGAAGGAGGCCGAGGACCUCCUCAACAAGGCCAGCAGCGGCAUGGACCAACUCAAAAAGCUGGAGAAGAAGUUCAAGAGCAACGAGCAGCGGCUGCACAAGCAGAGGAUGGAGCUGGACCAGCUGAAGGAAAACGCCACUUUGGUGCGGGACGACAUCCGCGAACAAGUGCAGAAGUACAGCAGCUGUGUGUGAGACACAACAGUAUCCUCUGACCUCCGACGUCCAAGUACUGUAUCGCCUUCACACGCCAGGACUACUUCCUGUGUGCUCUUUAAGCUAUCAACUUGGAGGGGAUUCUAGUCACAUGAUAUAUUGACCACUUUUAUGCUCAUUUUGUAAGAUUUCUACUCCAAAUUGACAACAAUAUUAAUUGUGUUAUUUACAACAUGACAUUCCUGUUCAGAGAAAGUGACUGAUCUUUUUUUUUUAAGUAUCUUUAUUUUUAUGGCAAAAAGAUCACCACAAAUAUCCUUAAAAAAAAAAAAAAUCAUUAAAAAA